CUACAUGUUUUGAGGUCACACAGUACCCAAAAACACCCAUGGUCUCUCCUUUGCCCCCACAAGCCCACAUGACAAUGUUUCUCUCUCAUGCAAUCCUCAAAGUCUCAUUCUAAAUACACCUACAUACACACCCCUAUUCUCACCACACCACCCUCACAACUUUCCCUGCUUUCUCUCUCAUCCCAAUUACAAACCUCUUCUCUCAACCUUUCAGCCCCCAAACAGAAUUUCAAUUCCUCUCUCUAGAAAAGAAAAUAUGGCCAUUAAGAAAUCAAACAAGGUGUCACAACCCACAGUCCUAAAGCAGAUUCUGAAGAGGUGCUCUAGUUUGGGAAAGAAACAUUGGUAUGAUGAAGAAGGGCUUCCUUUGGAUGUCCCAAAAGGGCACUUUGUUGUGUAUGUUGGUGAGAAUAGAAGAAGAUACAUUGUUCCAAUCUCUUUCUUGUCACAUCCAGAGUUCCAAACCCUCCUCCAACGUGCAGAGGAAGAGUUCGGGUUCAAUCACGACAUGGGUCUCACCAUUCCUUGCGAAGAAGUCGUUUUUCAAUCUCUCACAUCAAUGCUCAGAUAGACAGAUUCAUUGUGACUUGUUUGUUUGGAGAGAAUUGGAGAAAGAUCAUGAAGCUGCUUCUCUGCUUCUGUGUUUUCAAUUCUUUUUUUUCUUUUUUUGGGAGGGGUUAUUACGCUACAGUUAAUCUAACCCAGUACCCAAGAAGUACACCUUUUGGGUUCAAAUAUGUAUAUCUCAAAAAAUUCAAAUUUUCCUCACAGGGGUGUUUAGUUUGUCCCUGUGAGAGAACUAAUAUUAAGGAUUGUUCCCCUGUUUUUUCUA